AUGUUGGGUGUACUCUCGUUGGUAAUCUUCGUGGCUGGCAGCCUUGCCGCUUCUGAUGUGGGUUCAGCUGGUAAAAAGCUGUAUAAAACUCACGAGGCAAUUAUAAGCGCAGGAUAUCCAGCUGAAACACAUGAUGUGUUGACAAAGGACGGUUACAUUUUGGAAUUGGUGAGGAUACCACAUGGUAAAAAUCCCGAUGGCAAAGUCAGACCUCCUGUGCUCAUGAUGCACGGUUUGUCCGACUAUGGUGGCACUUAUAUCGCUUUGGGAACUAAAGACAGUCUUGCUUAUAAUUUGGUUGAUAUCGGAGCUGAUGUGUGGUUGGGCAACGCAAGAGGCGUCGCCAAUUCUCGUCGUCACGUCUCCCUAGACCCGGACAAUGAAGAUCAAAAGCAUGACUUCUUCGAUUUCACAUUCCAUGAAAUCGGAACGAUAGAUCUUCCCGCUAUGAUUGACUACAUACUAAAAACGACUGGUCAAGAGAAACUACACUACGUCGGACAUUCCCAAGGAGGCACUGUGUUCCUGGUGUUGAACUCUAUGCUACCUGAAUAUAACGACAAGUUCAAAUCAGCCCACUUACUCGCCGGAGUGGGAUACCAAAACAAUUUCCCUAACAAAGUUUUACGUGCCACAGCCAUGACUGUCGAUCUAAUUUACAGUUUCGCAACAAACCGUGGUCUCGUUGAACUUAUAGGACCGAACUGGGGUGAUCAAAUUUCGGAAAUUGAAACCCAGGCUUCCAGUGUUGGCUCUAGAACGGCUAACGGCAUUCUAGAUAAUAUUAUAAAUCCCAAAAAGCUCUUACCCGGCGCCGCUCUUAAGCAAUACGCUCAUUACGGACAAAACAUUCGUGAUAAGAAGUUCAGGCAAUGGAAUUAUGGACUCAAGAACUUGGCUAAAUACGGCAGACUUACUCCACCUGAAUACGAUUUAACCAAAAUCACAGCUGACGUCACCAUGCACUACACAGUUAGCGACACAUUACUUGAUGAAAAGGAUGUUUUGUCGAUGGCGAAAAUUAUGCCAAGCGCGACUGUCAGGAAAAUUGCCAGGGAGACCUUUACUCAUACGGACUUUGUGAACGCUGAAGACGCCAAGCAGUUAGUUGUCGACUUUAUUGUAAAGGCGAUCGCUGAAAGUAAAUAA